GUUAAAUGGCUAAUAAAUGAAGUUUUAAGAUGGCUUAAACUGUACAUUACUCAGAAAUCCAGAGACCAGCUUUAUCUUUUGGAAUUUUUGUGGUUUAAUCUUUUUUUCCAUUUGAGUUCUUUUUUUGUCAGUAAGAAGCAUCACAUCCUUUUCCCCCACGUGUGUUUAUUUUUCUCCAAAGACUGAGAAAUUAACCACCACAAAUUUCAAGAAAAGUCCCCUGUGUGGGAGACACAGUCACAAGUGGAAAUGACUGGGUUUAUACUGUGUCGAGUACUAACAUCUUUGCGUGACAGUAUAUAAAGAUGACGCAGCUGCGCUUCAAGGUUUGACCAGUUUUGUGAAAAAAAAAUGACAAUUGUGGGUUAGGAUUUUAGGUGCAGCUGAAACCAAAUACACAUGGAUGUUCUGUGGAAGAAGUCUAACGAUGCUGCCCACUUCACUGCCAUCAGUUUCAGCGCCAAAUAGUCAUUUGCGCAGAUACCUGAGCGCUCGCUACAACACUCCUGAAGAGGACGACGAGACCAUGAGCACAGCUGAACGACAAGCGAAAGCCCUCCACAAGCUGGACUCUGCCUCACACUCAGAGAGGCGCCAACGCCCCGCAGAGCACGGCGCCUUCGUCGAUCCUGUCAUGUCCAGGCUGGACCCUGGUCAGGACGGCCACGCUGAGUUUGACUCUCUGCCAGGCUGCUGUCCUUACUCCGCACCUCGCAGUCUGCCGGCCGGCUUCAGCCAGCCGACUCCCUUCCCCAGUCUGGAAGAUGGCCACCGGCUGCACCCGAGUUUCGCCAGCAGCUGGUCUGGCUACCCGAACAGCUUGCCGUCCUGCCUCAGCCAGAACAGUGACUUUUCCAGUGAAAGCUGCAAAUACAAAUUUUUAUCCCUUGGGCACAGCAGCAGCCUGGAGCAGCCACUGUCGCUGCACUCCAGCCCACCGUCAGCUGACCUGUGGCGCCACACGUUGUCUCUAUACUCGUACUCGCCCCAGGGUGUCUCCUGCUGCGCCCAGUGCCCUGCAGACGCCUACAGCAUCGGGCUUGUGGCCAACAAACAUCUGAGGCCUCCGUAUCACCCACAGCACCGCCUGCUCUAUCCAGCUGACUGCAGGCUUCCCAGAGACACAUUCACACACAGCGGACACCGCGCAGAGGCUAAACAGAAGCAUCCUGUUUACAGCUCGCUGCUCUCGCUGGAGCAGAGAAGGGUGUUUGUCACGUAUGAGGCUGACAAUGACCAGCACGUCAAGGAGAUCAUCAACUUUGUUGCUCUGCUGCGACACAACGGCUUUGAUACACACAUUGACAUUUUUGAGCAGCAGUUCAGGAGUAUAAGUAAGAUCGACUUCAUGGAGCGUUACCUCAGUGAGAAAGAGUACCUGAUUAUCAUCAUCAUCAGUCCAAAGUACUACGACACUGUGACGGCCUCCCCUGUCGAUCUGGAGAAUGAUGAGAGAACCUUCAACACUGUCUACAUCCACAAACAGCUGCAAAAUGAAUUCAUCCAAAAUGGCAGCAAGAAUUUCAGGUUUAUUCCCAUUUUGUUCCCUGGAGCUAAAAAGUGUCACGUCCCCAACUGGCUUCAAAAUACCCAUGUUUUUGAGUGGCCACGUGAUCGAGAUGACAUUCUGCGGCGGUUGAUGAGAGUGGAGAAAUAUAAUCUGCCUCCUAUCGGGGAGCUACCGACCAUCGUUUCCAUCCCCUUAUAGAAACAACCUGGACUGAAACCUCGAACAUGGCCCGCCGUCAGGUGGAUGAGGAUCUGUUUGCAGGUUGUUUACAGACUGUGUUGAUCUUGGGUCAUGUUUGGGGUGUGGCUGAACUGAAGCGGUGCCUUUCAUUUCCUGUAACAUGCAGAACAGUUUAACUUUUCUUCUCUCAGGCUGACAUCAGUGUGCAUCAUGCUAACCUGCACAAUAGGGACACAGAUAAAAGAUAAUUCGGCGCACGGAGCAGCUACAGCAGAGCUAACGAGCACCAUGUGGUGAUGAACAGUGUACUGCAGUAAUUCUGAUGGCAGAAAUUUUGCAAGAGCAUUUGUGCUGUAGUCACAGAACGUAAAACCACUGAUACGAUACAGAUAAUGACCACAUAGCACAACUGGUUCAGUAGAACUGCGAUACAUUAAUAUCGCUAGGUUUUGUAGUAGCUGCCCAGUGUCAUGGUGGAAAUGCCUUGUACCUGUGGACACGACCACUUGGAAUACAUCUGUGGUACCUGUAUCCACAUCCUUCUCUGUAUGUUACCUCCCACAACAUGAUGAGUCAUGUUUGUUUAUUUGUUCUAUUUUGAAUUCAUUACUUUUACAGCCUUGCCUGACCGUCGCUUAAAAAAAAAAAAGUUGAGAAUUUAAACAGGGAGCCGGGGAAAUGAAAUCUCUCCUUUAUUGUAAGUCAGACAUGCAUGUGUUUUAUAAUGCAAUAUAGAAAAGAUAAGAUAAACAGUGUGACGUCUGCAUUAUUUACAAAGUGAACCAGAAGGUUCUCUCAUUGUGACAUGCAAACAUUGACACAUAUACCUGCUGCUUCGACCAUAUCGUGUUUAUAAUUACACCAUUUAUCAACCGCAAAUAUUGACCAACUGGAUGCAGUUAGCUCUUUGUUUUGAGCAGUAAUAAUAAUAAUAGGUUGCGCAUAAAUUAACUCAGUUUGUGGCUUUUGAUAUCCAGCUGAUUAUUAUAAAUUCUGACACUUUGCAUU